AUGUGGAUUCUGCGAUUCAAAACAAGCAACAACAAUGGCGCCACGCAAUUAUCAUCGUCAAUAUCCACUCUAUUUCACGAGGUUCAAGCACAUUACUCAACAAAAUCAACACAAAUACAUCCGAUUAGCGAGCCCCAUUUCAUGGUGGAUUACCUUGUCAAUUCUCUAGGGUUUUCUACAGACCAAGCAGUCUCCGCUUCAACAAAGGUAAGUCACCUUAAAUCCACUCAAAACCCAGAAUCAGUCAUUGAUUUAUUCAAACAAUGCGGUCUCGACAAAACUCAGAUAAAGAACAUUGUAUGUUUUACCCCUAAAAUCUUAACAACCAGCGUUGAUAAAAUCCUCCAACCCAAAUUUAGGGUUUUCCAGGAAUUAGGUUUAUCCGGGUCGGUUUUAGAGAAGCUAGUUAAACAAAGUCCGACUUACUCCAGCAAUAGGUUAGGUUCCAACGUCGAUUAUCUGAAGAAGAUACUGAAUAGCGAUGAAAAAGUGAGUAAAGUUAUUUACAGAUCAUGGUGGAUGUUAUCCACGAAUUUUGCACAGAAAUUGUCAGCUAAUAUGCUCGUAUUGGAAAAAUACGGAUUACCAAACGAUAAAAUCGAAACUAUACUCGUCAGAAACCCUGGAUGUCUUCUUCAAAGUCCAGAGUGGUUGGAAUCAACCAUUAAAAGAGUCGAACCUGUAUUAGGAAUUCCUCGUAAUUCCCCUAGAUUUGUUGAUGGGAUUGAAAUAAUUAUUUCAUUGAGUAAAUCGACAUUAGAGACGAAAUUUGGAGUUUUUAGAAGCUUUGGGUGGACUGAUUCUGAAAUAUUAACAAUGGUUAAAGCUUUACCUUUUUGUGUGAGAAGAUCUGAGGCUAAAAUUCAAGUUUCAUUGAAUUUUUUCAUGAAUGAACUUGGUUAUACAGCUCAAUAUUUAGCUACUCACCCAAAACUAUUAGUUUACAGCUUGGAGAAGAGAGUUAUGCCUAGAAAUAAAGUUUUGGAGAUUUUGAAAGAGAAGAAGCUGUUGAAGAACAAUUUUUCACUUUGUUCAGUUGUUGCUUUUUCUGAGGUGAAUUUUGUUAAAGAUUUUGUGGCUCCUUAUCAUGAAUUUGUACCUCAUCUGCUUGAAGCUUACACCAAUGCUACUAGUCAAUCUUCACACAAUCAGAUAACUUGA